CUUCAUACUUCACAAUAUUCACCAAACUACAAUAACACUUCCGUCAAUAACAAAAAUAACGUUAGCGCUAUCGUUACUAUUGUUGGUACAUUAUUCUACAUAAGACCCACAAAUAAAUAUUGCUCAACCAGUAACUAUGCCAAAUUAUACAGGUAUUCAACCAGUUCGUAAGUUUGGAGACAUUCAUACAGCAAUAAAAGCAGGAUUUAUCGAUAGAUUGAAAGAUAAUUAUACAAAACGUAGAUUGAUUGCUAUGUUUCAAAUUAAAGGAAAUUAUUUACUAUUGAAAGAAAUUAUUAUUAUAUAUUUUAGCAUGUAUUGUAAAGUUUUGGUUUAUGAAGAAAGAUUUCUGGGGGAAGCAUUAAAUACGGAAAUGAAUGGGAUUUUGAGUUUGAUCGAAUUGGAUGGUAGAGAAGUAAUUGUCAGAUUGUGCGAACCAUAUCAGCUAGUACGAAACGACAUUCUGUCACGUAAAAUUCCUUCGAUAAACUCAGAAUUUGAAAUGAAUGGGCGUGAAAUAAUUAAUAAUAGAGAUGAGAUCAAAAACAGUAUUUCGAAAGUGACAGAAUGGUUGAUGGAUUUAGAAACGAAUAAAGUGGACGAGAUGGUUAGUAAAAGAGAAUACAUUGUCAAUGAGAAUUAUGAUGAUAAUUACAUCUAUAUUGAUUGCGGUAUCAGCAAUAAUUAACAAAGGUAACAAGAGUGUAAGUAGCUUACCUCUUAAAUUUACUCUUAAAAUGUGUUUGUUAAUUUACACGUUUUUUUUGG